ACAUGAGAUUUCAAAGUUGAUUCAAUGACCGACUGAAAAAAGUACGCUUGUUCAAUUUGGUUUCAAUAAGUACUUUUGCUUUUUCGUGCAAUACAUUAUUUGUACUUCGGGAGGCGCUCCGUGGCUUCAACACGUUCCAAAAGCGGACGAGUAAGAACCCAGCUGGGCUCGGCCGGAUAGGCGUAAACAUGCAAGAGAUGAACUUCACGUAACGUUUACGUUCCACUGGUAUUCUCCAGAAAACACCUUUAUUCCUUAGUCGAACUGGGUUUGCCUUUCAAAUGACUGAGAAUGAUGGCUCAAGGUGUAAUUGACGGUCCGGUUACACUUGUCAUCAGGGCGCCGAACCAGAAAUAUGAUGACCAGACAAUAAACUGCUGCCAGAAUUGGACUGUGGAGAAACUCAAAGCUCAUUUGUCAGACGUGUACCCAAGCAAACCGAGCUCCAAAGAUCAGAGACUGGUGUAUUCCGGCAAGCUCCUUUUGGACCACUUUACAUUAAAAGAUGUGCUCAGAAAGCAAGAUGAGUAUCAUAUGCUCCAUCUGGUCUGCCCCUCGCCGACGCCACCUAGCUCUCCGAGCCCCGCCCGCAAGCCUCAAGAGAGCGCAGCUGAACCCACGGUCUCUGAAACUACAAGUCCUUCCUUCGCUGGCCAACACAGCCAAUCAGAGGAGAGCCACGAUGGACUCAGACAACGAGGUGUACCUUUCCCUUAUGACCAACUGCAUCAACAAUAUAUGCAAAGCUGGAGCCAUUUUUCUGCCAUGUCGACCCCUCCCACAAAUGUGACCCCCUAUUACAACCCUAUGACCCUCAUGUGGUGGCAGCAGCUGUACGCUCGACAAUACUACAUGCGAUACAGUUUACUAGCAGCUUCCUCCCAAAACGUCACGCACGACCUGCCCAGGACUCCCCCACUACCCCACACAGACCCCUUGAGCCAGCACCCUCGGGUGGAUCGCCGCGGCAACCCCGAAGUGGAAAUGAACGCUCAAGGCGGGGAGAUCCUGAACGAGGAAGACCUCAACCGGGAUUGGCUGGACUGGGUGUACACGUUUUCUCGGGCCGCCGUCUUACUUAGCAUUGUGUACUUCUACUCAUCCUUCAGUCGCUUUCUUAUGGUGAUGACGGCCAUGCUGGUGCUUUACCUGCAUCAGGCUGGGUGGUUUCCUUUUAACCUAGAAAACGAAUUGCAGCUUCCUGGAGACAACCCAGAGGAGAUGGAGGCAGAACUGCGGAACAAUGACCUCCAUGGAAUGGAACAAGUGGACGACAGCUCCGAUGACGACGAAGAAGGGGAAAGCGGCGAGGAAGGAGCAGACGAUCCGAACCACGUCAUCCCCCAAACAGGCAUCCUGUCCUCCAUGUGGUCGUUCAUCAUCACUUUUUUUAUGUCGCUCAUUCCCGAGGGACCGCAGAACGCUGCCAACUGAUCCGAACUUCUUGAGCUACGUCAAAGUCUUCAACAUAAAGUGGCCAUCGGCUCUGCUUUGUUUUUUUUGGAGGUUUGAUUGCGGUGCCAUGUUAGAUUAGUCUGACCAACACAUUGUCUCUAAUGUAUAGAAAAGCGACAGCAGGCACAAUGAUGAACACUAAUAUAGCUAGAAGGUAAAAAGAUGCAAUUGUUUAAUUGUGGGAUGAAUUUUUGUGCUGUUUCACUAGCGAAGGUGGAAGUGUGAUGUGGUUCUGUUAGGCCGUGUGAAGAAAAAAUGUUGUAAAAGGGUCUGUCGGCACAAUGAGGAAAUCAGAAAUAAGUUGGCUGAUGCUAUAUUGAAAAUGAAAUAAUAGUUAUUGUAUUGAUUACUGUUUGGAUGUGCUGUUUUGUUUUAUUGUUGGUCCAGAUUUUCAAAACUGAGCAUAAUGAUCACAAUGAUCUAGUAAUGCUUAGCUAUGGAGAGAUUGUUUGCUCCUUCCUGAUGAAACUUUGGAAGUAAAAAUUCUUAUUUACACAAAACCUUGUGUGAUUGCAUGACUCAUUAUUACCGUAAUUUUCAGACUACAGACUGCAACUUCUCCCUGUUCUGUAGUUGAAAUUUGCAGCAUCUCUAAAAUCAGUAUACAGGGUUUACGUUAGAGAUGUCCCGAUCGAUCGGGUCCGAUCACGUCAUUUUCAA